UAAAAUUAGGAGCACAUACUCAACCACAUCAAUUGCUAUAAAAUAAAACUCAACGUUACCUUCUCCAUUUCAGUAACCUUUCAGCUUCUUCUUUCUUGUCUAACUUUCUACGGUUUGAACCUAAAAAAAUCCUUAAAACGAUGGAAAAACGGAGUUCCAUUAAGAACAGAAAAAUGAGAUUACCACCAGGGUUCAGAUUUCACCCAACAGAUGAAGAGCUAGUGGUUCAGUAUUUAAGUCGAAAAGUGUCCGGUUUACCCUUACCAGCUUAUGUUAUACCGGAAAUUGAUAUCUGUAAAACCGAACCAUGGGAUUUGCCAGGUGGUUGUGAUUCAGAGAGGUAUUUUUUUAGCACGAGGGAAGCUAAAUACCCAAACGGAAACCGGUCGAACCGAUCAACCGGUUCGGGUUAUUGGAAAGCGACUGGAAUAGAUGGGCAAAUCGGGAAGAAUGUUCUUGGGAUGAAGAAAACUCUGGUUUUCUAUAAAGGGAAACCUCCAAACGGGACGAGAACCAAUUGGGUUCUUCAUGAGUAUCGUCUUGUUGAUUCUCAACAUCGAUCAUAUGGAGAGAACACAAACUGGGUUCUAUGCAGAGUGUUCUUGAAGAAGAGGAGCAAUAAUAAUAGUAAGAAGAAAGAAAACGAGAGAGAGGAGCAGAAGAAGGAAGAGAGAGAACGUGACGACAACAAGAGUACUUGUCCGAUAUUUUAUGACUUUUUGGGAAAUGACGUGAAGAACAGAAGAUGCUGCGAUUUGAACUUGACUCGUACGUUUUGUUGUUGUUCUUCUUCGGCGUCUUCGUCGGUUUGCUCAAGUGCUUUAACUCGGACAUCUUUUAAUAUUGUCUCUCAUGAUCAUCAUGAAGAAAUUAGUUGUCGGGAAAAUAAGUUUCGUUUGUUUCUGUAAUUGAUAAAUCUUUUGGGAACAAGUUUCUUUUUUAACUUUAUAAGUAUGUAUGAUUAUCAAGUGAUUAUAAUCAAUGUUGGUAGCUAGGCUUUCUUGGUUUUGGUA